CACAGCAAAGUGGGAUCUGAGCAGAGUCUGCGACUUAACACCACAGCUCACAGCAAUGCCAGAUCCUUAACCCACUGAGUGAUGCCAGGGAUCAAACCUGUGUCUUCAUGCAUACUAGUCAUUCCACUGAGCCUAUGGGCUCCCACUAACAUUUUGAUGAAGUUCAAUUUGUGGUUUUGUCCUGGGUUUAUGCUUUUUAUUUUGUAUCUGGGAACUUUGCUCAUUCUAAGGUCAUGAUUUCAAUACUUUUGGGGGGGGCUAGAAUUUUUAGUUUUAACUUUUAUAUUUGUCUUUGAUUCACUUUGAAUUAUUUUUCAUGUAGGCCAUAAGGUAAAGUUUGAGGUUUAUUUUUUUCAGUAUAGAUACCCAGUUAUUCCAUCAACAUUUGUUCCAUCAACAUUUAUUGAAAAUGCCAUUAUUGAUAUACUUUAGAAUUUUAUAAAAAAUCAGUUGAUCAUGGGAGUUCCCUGGUGGUCUAGUGAUUAGGAUUUAGUACUUUUACCACUGUGGCCUGGGUUCAGCCCCUAGUCUAGGAACUGAGGUGCCACAUCAAGCUGUGGCCAUAAAAAAAAAAAAAAAGAAUUGUUUGUGUGGAUCAUUUUGGGUACGUGUUUUGUUCCAUUGAGCCAUAUUUCUAUCCUUACUCCAACACCAUGCUACACCAAUGCCAUGCUACUUUGAUUACUGUAGUCUUCAAAUGCAGUAGUGUAAGUUCUUUACCUUUUUUUUUUUUUUUUGAGAUUUCUUUGGCAAUCUUGGUUUUGUGCAAUUCCAUAUACAUUUUAGAAUGGGAAUAUGUUUUAUUAUCCUUACUAGAGAAUCUGGUAUCCUAAUCUUAUGUGGGUUAUUGGAACAAACAUGAGACAUUAAGGAAAAAAAGUCCACUGAAUGUGAUGAUAAGGUAGAUUGUGGCUCCACAAUUCUGAUUUUGAUUGACUGAAAUAAUGAUAAGGUUAUCAAGGAAGGCAGAAAAGUUGAGAUGGGGACCUUUUCCAAAUAUAAGAGGGUGAGAGGUCUAGUUUGCUUUUGAAAAUAGAAAAUUUGUUAUUUGGCAAGACUCACAAGUAGAGAAAUCCAGAGGAAGGUGUGUCAUAGACAUAGGACAAAGACUGAUGGUGGAAAUGGAGAUUUGAGAACAAUUAACAUAGAAAUUAUAACUGAAAAAAAUUGCGAGGAGUGUGAAGAGAAGAAAGCAAGGGCCAAGGAUUGACAAGAGAGCAGUAUUUACAAUUUUAAUAUAGGCAGAAUGAGCAGCUUCAUGGAAAAGAACUAAACGAGUGCUGAGAAGAGAGAAAACUAGUGUGGUGUCAUGGAAACCAAGGUCAGAGAAUGUUUCCAGGAGGCAGAGUUUUCAGGAGUAUAAAAUGAAUUGCAGAAGGACAAGAAAAAGGAAAAAGCAAAGUCUGACAGUGUUAGCAAUGGAGACUUCUUUGGUGACAUUUGAGAGAAUGAUUUUGUGAGAGUGACCAUGAUGGAAUCCACUUUCAGAGAAUUAAGUGGGUUGGGAGAGGAAGGCUGUUUCAGUAAUUCUGAAAUUGGAAAGAGAACAAUGGAAUGGUCUCUGGAGAGAACCACAGAAUCACAUGUAUUCUCUCCACACAGGCUGUGUAUCCUUGCUUUUUGACAGAGGGGACUGGUGGACCCUAUUUCUUAUAUCAAAUUCUGUGUUCACCAGAUUUUUAAAAAUCAAUAAGCCGGUUCAGCUCCAAGUAGCUGGCAGCCUCCUUUCUUCUCUUCUUCCAACUCUCUUGCUUACAUUCCCUUGUCCACACAUUGAAUUGUCCUAACCUUUUCCUAUUACAGUGGAAGCUAAACAAUGUCCUCUCAAUUACCUGACUCUUUCUGGCUUUAUUCUUAAAAGGACCCCUGGGGUCAGCAAAAAAGAUUAUGGUGGCAGGACGCCGAGUGAACAGUUUCAGUGGAGUGAUCACAGCAGAAGUUGUUCUGCGUGUUUGAGGGUAUGAUGACAUGUUUGAACCACGUUAUCUCUGAAAUAAGGUUUCUAGAUGGAGAAUUCAACUGAAAUACAGUGUAAAAGUUCUUGGUGGACCUGUCACCAAAUUCAGUCAUUGCUUCUCAAAGUUUGUUGUCUUGACGUUUGUCUUCCUUCUGCUACAUCACUGCUCCGUGAAACUCUCAUCUUUAUCAUUUUCCUGACAGGUGCCAUCUUAGUAAUCCCCUUGUUGAUAGUUUGUUUUGAGUGGUAGCUAUCAUUACUGAUUGGGACACAGGGCAUGACUUUUUCCUUGCUGCUCUGUUCCCCUUCCUAACAUCGGUAUGGUGUGUGUGAGGUGAGCUUUUGCUCAGAAGUCAUUUUCAUGCACAGGAUGUAAGUCGGCACCAGAAUGAUAAUGUUCACAUGUGUAAGACCCCAAAAGGCACAAGUAGUUUUCUCUCUUCCUGUGGAAGGGCCAUACACUUGAGCUUGCUGGUCACAAAGGAGGGAAUUGGGCUCACACUCUCAGUCCAGCUAUCAUUGUCCCUUGUUAUAAAGUCCAGCUGCAGAUGAGAGGUUUUCCCUUGAUGACUGACUCCUUUUCUUGCUUUCAGACACUGAUACAGCAAAAUGCAGAGAAAGAACUUCACAGAAAUGGCAGAAUUCAUCUUCCUGGGAUUCUCUAUCUUUGGAAAGCAUCAGAUAACUCUUUUUGUGGUUUUCCUCACCAUGUACAUUUUAGUUCUGGCAGGGAACAUCACCAUUGUAACUGUCAUCUGCAUCGACCAUCGUCUCCACACUCCCAUGUACUUUUUCCUGAGCAUGCUAGCUAGUUCAGAGACCGUGUACACCCUGGUCAUUGUCCCACGAAUGCUUUCCGGUCUCAUUUUUCAUAACCAGCCUAUCUCCUUGGCAGGCUGUGCAACCCAGAUGUUCUUUUUUGUCGUCUUGGCCACUAAUAAUUGCUUCUUGCUCACAGUGAUGGGCUAUGACCGCUAUGUGGCCAUCUGCAAGCCCUUGAGGUACACAGUCAUCAUGAACAAAGGAAUGUGUGCUGGGUUGGUAUGUGGGUCCUUUGGCACCGGUCUGGUUAUGGCAGUUCUCCAUGUAACAGCCAUGUUCCGUUUGCCUUUCUGUGGCUCCAUGGUGGACCACUUCUUCUGUGACAUUUACCCAGUCAUGAAACUUUCUUGCAUUGAUACCACUGUCAAUGAGAUAAUCAAUUAUGGUGUAAGUUCAUUUGUCAUUUUUGUGCCUGUGGGGCUGAUCUUCAUCUCCUAUAUCUUUGUUAUCUCCUCCAUUCUUAAGAUACCCUCAGCUAAGGGCCGGAAGAAGACCUUUGCCACCUGCGCCUCCCACCUCACUGUGGUCAUUGUCCACUAUGGCUGUGCCUCCAUUGCCUACCUCAAGCCCAAGUCAGAAAAUGCAAUAGAAAAAGAUCUUCUUCUCUCAGUGACCUACACCAUUGUCACUCCCCUGCUGAACCCUGUUGUUUACAGUCUGAGAAACAAGGAGGUCAAGGAUGCCCUACGUAGAGCUGUGAGCAGAAACAUUUCUUAACAGAUUGAAUCAUUUUGUCAGGAGACCUUUAGCCCGGUGUAAUGUGUGUCUGCUCACAAACAUGCCACGAUAACACAAGUUCAUCAAAUACAAUGUUUGUGGAGAAUAAUGUCAAAGAGUUGAAAUGCUUUUCUUUCUCAUGCUCUAGGGGAAAGGCAGAAAGCAAGGUUUUUUGCUCUAGUGAAUUUUGUUACCAGAUACAAGAAUCAUUCAAAGACAGAUUAAGACUGCUUGUUUCUAUGCCUGAGGUGUUCUGUUUGGAAACCUCUUUUGGCCCUCACUUUACCUGGCUCCUUUCACACAGUCAAGUCCUUGACCCAGUCUGUAAAGAGAUGUGGAAGAAGUCUUAGGAAAUUAAGCAGCAGAGGCAGCUUGAGGAUGGCUUUCAUUCUUAGGAGUUAAAUCACUUGCCCCUUAACAGUCAUUUCAGAAAGGGUUUUCUUAGUUCUUGCUGAUUGAAAAAUGAACAGCCUCAGGAAAAAAAAAAAAAAAGAAAAAGUCACUUCUUUCACUAUCCAACCAUGUUAGCUCCUUCACUAGUAUAUUUCUACUUGUAGCCCUUCCUUCUUUGCAAUCAAGGCAAAAAUCUCUCUUGUUCCCUAGAGGCUAAGCUGGGAGAGAACCUAUUGGUGGCUGUUCUCUGUAACUGCACUUUUAUCCAGAUGCAUUUUUUAUAAAGCCUCUUCUCUUUAUAAAGAGAAGGUUGACUAGGCCUUUCAGAUUUUAAAGUUAUGUGUCAUAGCUGCAGUGGCAUUGAACAAGUUGUCUUAGAUAUUGGCCCUACUAAUCCCAGCCUCUAAGGCAAAUGCCCCGAAUUCCCUUCUCUUAGCAAAUAGUGCAGGCUUCCUCCUUCUCCCAGUACUAAUUUAUAUCAAAAUAAGUGUAACCAUGCUAUAGUGUUUCACUUCCUCAAUGAAGACUGUGGGAAUAUUUUUUGCUUAUCUCUACUCUGAGACAGAGCUGGAAGUCCCAGUAGACACUGAUAUGGAAACACGUAUUUUUCACAUACUCCCACUGCUUCCAUCCCCUGGUCAGUUCCUGUCCCUUACAUUCCAGUUUUAUUUUUCUGUUCUGAACCAUAGAAAUAGUAUUGAUGCAUCUUCUGGGCGACCUGCAAUUUUUUCUCGGUUCCACAGAUCCCUAUGUGAGAAGUUCAGCAGGGUUGGGUCUCUCUGUACAGUGUCCCUUGUGGCAGCCUCUCACAGUGGGGGGGGACAUCAUAGCUGAUGUCAGUGUAUUCAUGAUGACCAGCACCUGAUAUCCCUCUAGAAGAGGCGUCUCCUCCUGAGGUUCAUAAUGCCUUAGAGAGUAGUGUUUGGAAAGGUUUCAGGGUUUUUUUUGAACUUUAUGGAAUUAUUCACUAAAUUUUUUACACAAGUGUAAAUAUGCCUUUUCCAUCAUAUUCUUGAAGAAUUUUCUCUGCUGUAAGUAUUUAUUCCCUCAAAUCCUAACAGAAAUAUAACACAGCAUCCAACCUCCCUCUUUCAUAGACCACUUGCUUCCAUAAUUUCCUUAAACUCUCUUGGAGAAGCACUCUUUGACUCUAUUUUUGCCUAAAUGGGCACUGCUGUUUUUCAGUAGGUUGGGGAAAUGGAAGGUGAGUGGUUCUCAGCUGGCAGGUUGAGGGAUAAUGGGUGGUGGAUAGAUAUCAGAAGGCCCACAUGGUCUUUACUGAAAGUUUUCUUAGAGUUCCCGUUGUGGUGCAACUGAAACGAACUUGCCUAGGAAGCAGGAGGUUGUGAGUUCAAUCCCUGGCCUUGUUCAGUGGGUUAAGGAUCCAGCGUUGCCAUGAGCUGUGGUGUA